AUGGGCCUGGUGAACCAGCUGUCAGAACUCACCCCAAGCAUUGCGGCUACCGCCCAAACACUCCGCCCCUUGCUGAGCCCAAAACACACAUUCAUAUGGACAGCCGACCACAACGAGGCCUUCCGACGUGUCAAAGAAGCACUGUCGCAACCACCCGUGUUAGCACACUUCAACCCAUCACUCCCAAUUGUGCUACAAAUAGACGCCAUGACUCUACGAUACGCCACCAUUGAAUUGGAGAUGCUCGCCGCCAUCUGGGCCACUGCCAAAUGCAAACCAUACCUGAUUGGAGUCCUGAACUUCACCUUGAUGACCGACCACAGGCCACUGAUACCGAUUCUCAACAAGUACACAUUAGACACAGGCCAUAUCUCACCCUACCAGUUUACAGCUGUAUGGCGAGCUGGGAAACAGCUCCACAUUCCAGAUGCCCAGUCACGAGCCCCAGUAAGCCGCCCCACAUCAGAGGACGAGAAUCUCUGCAAUGACGCAGCAACCCACCUGAGGAGUAUAGUGACCUGCAACACCAUCGGCACCGUAACUGACCCCAAGACUCAAGACGCCGACAGAACCCUGCAAGAGCUACGCGAAGCAGCAAGUGUCAACCCUGAGUAUGCCCGCCUCAAGGAUUGCAUGUCUACUGGGUUCCCUUCCAACCGAUACGACCUGCACAAGUCGCUGCUCCCCUACUGGAAAAUCCGAGACAGCCUCUCUGCCGACGGGGAGUUGGUUCUGUACGGCCAACGAAUUAUCAUACCUACUGCUUAUCGCCGACGCACACUCACCCAACUCCACGCCAGCCACCGCGGCGUAGAGGCGACGAAACGUCGGGCACGGCAGACCGUAUUUUGGCCUGGAAUAGAUGCUGACAUCAAGAGCACAGUAGAAGCUUGA